AUUCAGUCGAGGAAAAAGGAAAGAUCAGAAAAACAACCAUCCAAACAGCGGACGACAAGAACAUCGUCACAAGUACCAUCCAGUUUUUACCAACUAACAUCACCAUCCAUCUGUGUGCCACAUUGGGUCAUCCUGGAGAUCUGUGGCUGAUUUAUACCCGUGUGUGUGUUAUUGCCAUCCUAAUCACCACCGUGAGCAGAAGAUAUAAUAAUGGCUGAGACGCAAGUGCAGGACGAUCCCAACCAACCCGGGCAGGUUCCUCAGAAGAAAUGCGUGGCCACCAAGGUUACCGGUACCGUGAAAUGGUUCAACGUGAAGAGCGGUUAUGGAUUCAUCAAUCGUGACGACACCAAGGAAGACAUCUUUGUCCAUCAGUCAGCGAUCAUUAAGAACAAUCCCGAGAAAUAUCUGCGCAGUGUCGGCGACGGCGAAGCCGUGGAAUUCGAUGUCGUCGAAGGCGACAAGGGCCUGGAAGCGGCCAACGUGACCGGGCCGAACGGACAGGCCGUGCAGGGCAGCCCGUAUGCGACGGGCCGCGGACGUGGUCGUGGACGGGGCCGACGCGGCUAUCGCAGCCGGGGAUACCGUGGCGGCGGCGGCUACGGAGGAUACCGUGGUGGUUAUGCAGGCGGCUAUGACGAGCAGGUCGUGUAUGAUGAGCAGGCCGGCGACGGGCAGCACGUCGUGGAGGGCUAUCGUCCGCGGGGUCGCGGCGGCUAUCGUGGCGGUUACCGGGGCGGAUACGGGUACGGUGCCACGUAUGCGCCGCGCGGCCGUGGCGGCUACGCCGGCGAUGUGGAGGGCGGGUACACCCGGGUCGCGGGCGAUUAUGCAGAGAACGGUGGCGGGUACGUGCCACGCGGCCGCGGUGGCUACCGCGGGCGGGGACGUGGCUAUCGUCGCGGCAGCGGUCUGAACGGUGGCGAUAGUGGCGGUGAGGAGCUGGUGGAGGCCGCCGUGGCCUACGACGAGCAGGGACAGGUGGUCGGCGGCGGCGCCGGCUAUCCCCGACGGGGACCGCGUCGGGGCCGCUCGUUCUCGCGGGGACGGGGCCGCGGAGCCAAUAAGAGCGGCGAUGAGUCCGGAGCCGGCGAAGGACAAGCUGGCAGCGACAGCCAGACCGAACAGCAACAGAACUGAAACCGACCAUCAAGAUAAACAGCGUCAUCAGUGUGUUUUUGAUCAUCCAACUUUAAUCGUCAUCUACUUUUCCCGCGCUGGCCAUCCUGUGUACUGUUUUAAAUUAAAAGCGAAUUUUCAUCCCAAAAUACACCUGUUUGUGCUAUGUUUUUUUUCGAGCAAGAUUCACCAUCCGUUAUAAUAUCGUGUGUGCUAAUAAUGUGGAUGGGGCGACCACGUCACGACCCGAUUUUUAAUUAUUCGGUGGAUUGUUCCCGCGUUUUCUUUUGUCGUUACUCUAUUUCCUUCGUGUGCCGGCUUCAUCCUGUGCAUUAUCCAUCGCGGCGUGUUUUUGAAUAAUUUCCUUUGCGGAAGCCUGGAAUGGAGAGCGUUGUCAUCAUUUGUGCUGGCCACCGGGCUGACUACAUGCGGAUUGCGUUGGGCGUGUGGUUGGCUUGGUGCGCUGCGAUUUUUUUGCGGUCAUCCUUGUUCUAUCUCGUUUCUCUUUGUAAUUUGGUAGUAGUGCUCUGCGGUUGUUUUUGGUGGUUAUCUCCUAUUAUAAUGUUGGUUUUUGUCGCGCGUUGUGUUUUUUUUGUUUGUGGGAAAUGCCUGGCGGGGUUUGUUUCGCAUGCUGGAUUGCGUACAGUGUGAAAUAAAGUCUGCCAAACACAAAA